AUGACCGAUUUCACGCUUGUCGACCCAAAAGGCUGGGAGUACGACCUUCACUCUGUAUAUUCUGCUUAUAUUGGCUACUUCCAGAUCUAUAACAUCCCAUGGUAUGAACGAUCAUGGGGGCAUCUAUUCGAAUCAUUCGAACAGUUCCUAUCCUUCUCCUGGCCUGUUAUCACCGUCACAGAUGCUUGCACAGGCAGAGCCCAUAUCGUGACGCGUCUCAAUUCUGUUGGUGCCUUCCUGAAGAUGAUUAAGACGAGGUUCGGUGAAACACUGCCUCAAGCGCCCAACAUCCUGCAAGUAACCCCCUUUGAGACAAGCAACCGCCACAUGCGCCAUGUCUCCGACUAUUCGACGUAUAGGAAGCUGCAUUCAACCCUCCCAGCUGCUGUCUUGUCUGCCCUGAAAGCACGCGUUCGUGCUGGCGAACCGAAGGCGAUCAAGGAGGUCUGGGAUAGGAGGGACAAGACAUUCCUUGCACUCGACUUCAAGUGGAACGAAAGGAACGAGAAGAGUGUCUUGGAGUGGGGUUACGCAGCUGUCAGGUGUGGUCAUCUAGAAGCGUUGGGGCAUUGGCCGCCGAAUCCGGAUGGCAAUUAUAGGAAGGGCCACUAUAUUGUUGCCGAAUACGUGGACAAAGUCACGAACAAAUAUCUCCCGAACUAUCCAUGGCAGUACGCUUUCGGUGACAGUCAGGUAGCUCCGAAGGCGAAGCUGCCUCAGAUCAUACAAGCUAUGAUUAGUAGCAUGUCGAGUCCAGACUCCGAGACAACUCCAAAUCACCUCGUUCUUGUCGGACACAACAUACAUGGGAGCCUCGCCCGACUGGACGACAUGAAAUUCAAACUCCCGCACAAUAUGCUUGUGAUUGACACCAUGGUGUACGAGCGCUCGCUCUACGCCUCUGGACUUCGAGGCACCAUGCCCGAUCCCAGCCCCAGCUCGAAGGCCGAUGGGGGCAGCAAAGUACGCGUUUCAGGCUCACAACUCUCGUUCGAGAGUUUGUUGUGGUCGUUGACCAUCCCACUCGGCUUGGCACCAUCCCCUCUUGGUCCGGGAAGCAACAGCAAUAGUACCGGCUCGAAUUCCUCGGCGUCUCCGGCUCCAGGUGGCAAACAACCAAGCCCAGACACAAUCCACCUGCCACAGCUGCAACACCCCCAGCGCCACCAGCACCAACACCCCGUCGCCCUCCCGCAAUGCACUGUCUACAACGCAGGCAACACAGCCGUUCUCUGUCUCUUUGCCCUACAGAAGCUCCUUGAACCCGCUGGCACGGCCGUACUUACUAUCAAGAGAGGUAGGCAGUCCUCGUCUGGGCAGAAUGCGAACGCGAUGAUGCCGGCUGCCCGAAUGAGUGGGAUGAUGAGUAUGGGCAUGCAGGUACCCAUGCCUAUGAUGAUGAAUGCGAUGUCAACGGUCAACGCGAUGCCCACGAUGAACCCCAUGAACAUGCCCAUCCUGCUCAACCCGCCCGUGAACAACAGCAGGAUGUCGAUGACGAUCCCGAAAGCUGACGGCAGCCCGACCUCCGUCGCCACACCAAUGAUCAACGCCAACGGUUCGUCGGCUGUUCUGCCUCUACCCUUCCCAUCCUCCUCGCCUGGUACCUCAUAUGGCAUGCACCACCCACCUCGUCCUAGUGCCCGUCCUUCGUCAUACGACCUCGCAGCUGAGCUCGGUGCCAUGUCGAUGGACCGCCAGAAUGGCAACCGUAGCGGUGGCGAAACCAGCGAGACUAAUCGUCCCAGCAGUGCUUACUUGACGAUGCCGGGCAGAGGCGACAAGGCUUCGAAGAGGUUCCACAGUUUUUCUGGUGGUUUGACCCUCGGAGGUUCAACGAGCCAUCUGAAGGCGGAGAAGUGA